AAUUGAGAACUCCUGCACCCCAGUCUGCAUGGGACUGGGGAUAGAAAAAGCCCAGGAAACCAGGACACCUGUAAUUCCAGAUCGAGCUGGGUCCUGUAAGAGGUUUGAGGGUCCUGGCCACUUCAGAAAGGGUGGCAUGUGAGGUCUACUGAGAGAUGUCAAGUAGAACCCCGGCCCUGUGUGAGGUGGGGCUUGGUUGCCAGGUGACUGUCCCAGGGAAGCCACCUGCUGGCAGAAGGUCCCCACUUGCUGUUCACUCCUUGGUUGCAUCUACCCUAGUACUGGUCCAUCCUUCCUUUGCCACCUUAUCUCGGCAGCUCAACAUGGAUACGCUGCGACAAAAUUUCUGGAAGGAGGAAUAUCUAAGGGAAAAGAUGUUACGGUGUGAAUGGCACCGCAAGUAUGGGUCCUUGGUGAAGGCCAAGCAGAAGGCCAAGGCUGCAGCCCACCUGCCCCUCAAACUGCCUGCCUUGGUCUCCAAGGCCCCACUCUCACCUCCACCUGUCCCCAAAGCAGUCCCUUCCAAGGCUCCCAGCCCUGUCCCGGAGGCUUCUUUCCAGUCAGAAAUGUACCCAGUACCACCUGCCACGCGGGCCUUGCUGUACAAAGGCAUCUCCCAUGACUUGCAGGGGCGCUACAAUUACCUCAACACCCGAAAACUGGACCUUCCAGAGACGCGCUACCUCUUCCCCAUCACCACCAGCUUCACGUACGGCUGGCAGCUGGGCCCCCCAGUGAAGCAAGAACUGGUCUCCUGCAAGAUGUGCCGUAUCGAGUCUUUCUUCCGCAAGAAUGGGGUCUUUGCGUUGCUGGACCCCCGGGACCUGGCCCUUUGAUCCCCGGCCUGGCAGCGGGUUACAGGAGGGAGGAAGAAAUAACAGGCCUCUUGCUGCA